CGCCAGCGUGCCGCGCUGUUCGCCACGCGAGCCGAGGGGCCUUUAGGGUCCUUGCUCGCUAUUAAGUUGUCCUAUUAGUGCCUGAGUCCUGGAGGGGGUCAGUUUUCCGGGUAAUUUCAAGGAAGAUAUUGCAAGAAAGAAAGUGGGGUGUGGGCUGAGUCUUAUUCGUUUUUCUCUAGUUGAGCUGAGGCAGUGGAAUGGGGAUAGUCGGGCGAUCAGGCACCCGUUAGCCACCCCUAGAAGAAUUGAAGGUAGGAAGAGUGGAGAACUGUUCUAGCCGGUACUUAGUUGGGUUUCAAGCGGACUCUGGUCCCGCCUGGGGUAGUGGAGGUGAGAGCUAAGCCGUGGGAGUCUCACAAGUAGUGGGAGGAAAGUGCAUGGGAAAGGGGGCAACUGUUUGCAGAAAAGAGUAGCGGUGGCAAGCAGCGACUAUAUGCUGGUGUAUCGUACUGGCUCAGAGUGUGAGUGAAGAAAUCCCUGAUUCAGAUUUCACCCCUGCAACGCACUAUUCUGGGUGACCCUCGAGAGAGUACUAGAAUAUACAAGUAAGAUUGAUAUAUGCAGUCCUUUGGAAUAUAAUCUGCUGGGAAAAGAUUAGAGCCUGUGGCACUUGCCCACACCCACAAAGAUGAAUGGCUGGGUUUCAAGCAUGGUCUGCCUGUCCGUUAUCCUCUGGCUGCUGUUGAAUGGUGCCUUUGCCCGGAAGAGCCAAGAUCUCCGUUGUGGAGCAUGUCGGGCCCUGGUGGAUGAGCUACAAUGGGAAAUAUCUCGGGUAGAUCCUAAGAAGACCAUCCAAAUAGGUUCCUUCCGCAUCAAUCCAGAUGGAAGCCAGUCUAUUGUAGAGGUGCCCUAUGCUAGGUCUGAAGCUCACCUGACAGAAUUGUUGGAGCGCAUUUGCGAGAAUAUGAAAGAAUAUGGCGAGAAGGUAGACUCCUCCAGCCAUCGGAAAAACUACGUGAGGGUGAUCUCUCAUGAUGGGACCAAGAUGGACCUUUCGGAGACCAAAUUUGACAGUGAUGUGUCAUCAAGCCUGAAGUUUGCAUGUGAGAGUAUAGCUGAAGAAUAUGAAGAUGAGCUCAUAGAAUUCUUCUCCCAUGAGGCAGAAAAUGUCAAGGACCGACUAUGCAGCAAACGAACAGAUCUGUGUGACCACGCCUUGCAUCUCCCACACGAAGAACUAUGAAAUACAAAGACCUGACUGGCCUGGUGGAUGCUUUGCCAGUCCCUGUAGAACACCACCUCCCUUUUUCCAACUCCUCUAAUUAUUGCCCCAGCCAGCUUUUUUCAGUUUUUUGGAAAGAACACUGGACAAUCUGGAAGCCUAAGACUGUAGGAACUAAAAUGCCAGCAAAUACUUCUGGAAGAAAAAUGCAAGCAAAGCUUAUUUAUAGAAUUUUUCUAAGCAGAUAAAAGAUGCGGUCUCCCUCACCUGACUUUUGUCGUCGUCUGUUGUUAAACUUGUAUUACUAGGCCUUUCCUUUAUUAUUUUUAAAGGGAACAAGAGACUUCAGUUUUAGGAUCCAAGUCACUUCCCCCCCCCCAACUGUGUAGCUAAAUGCUUCUGCGUUCUGUUGUUUUUGUUAUGCUUUGUGCCUAUCUUCAGGUGGGUUGAUCUGUAGGUUGGAGUCAAGGGCCCAACACCACAACUCCUGGAUUCUGCUGCAGCUUUAAGAGGCCAGCAGAGCUUGAACCAUGUAGUCUUGGGAGUUCCAUUGUGGCUCUCUAGCUUCAACUGAUGGUGAGAUUGGGACGAGUAAUGUGAUGUGUCUAUGUCCCUGUAACCCAUCUUUGUGCAGACUCCUUCCUUCUUCCUCUGACACCCUCAUUAUCCAUCCAAAGAGCGGGGAGUCCUAAGAGAGUUCAGUUCUCAGCAUAUACAUUAGGCUGAUUUAUAUGUUAUCCUAGCCAUGUGGAGGCCAACAAAAACAGUGACUGUGCAGCGACUGCUCCACACCAUGGAUGCAUUGUGUAGAUGGGGUUGCAACUUUGAUCACUUGUGUUGUGUCUACACACUGCAGACAGUGGUUUGUGAGCAGCGUCAUUGAAACUCUAUGCAAAGUAACAAGGCUCUCAGGCAAGUCAAUCUGUGAAUUAUGCCUGUGGAGCAGUCACCACAUAGAAGCUAUUUCACCAAAGCUUCUGUAUGAAUGUAUAUAAACUGGCCCUUGGUGAAAUCUAAUUUCUGUCAUGUAUAAUCCACGAGGGUGGUGCUAGGGGGGAGACAUGUAAAGCACAGAGGUUUCAGGUAUUUUGGGAACAGGAACUGUUGUAUUUUUCCUCCCAAAGGGCUUUUUAAAAAUGUUGAAUAAUCUGUUUCUCUCAACACUUGUUUAAGAGUCUGGAUCACAGAUCUGCCAGUGAUGGCAAAAAAAUAAAUCAUGUGACUGAGAUUAUCAA